CCUCUGCUUGAUCCCUUCAUUCACCCUCUUGCAGGGAGGGGCCUUUGGGUGCGCAUCCUGUGGUGCCACUGAGGGUCCCCUUGGCCCUUUGCCCCCUUAGAGGGGCCUGUUCUGCCCAUACUCAGGGAAGGGAGGGACCUUUCUAGCAGGACUGCAUUUUGAACCCUGGUCUUUCUCUUGUCCCUUUGGAGGCUCCCUGGGCCUCGAGCCCCCUCAGAAGGGCCUUUUUGCACAGUGCCAACUCCUCCUGAAUGAAGGCCUGCUUGGCAGGAGCCUAACUCCCUGGGAAGUUCUCUCCCCUUUAGCAGGGUGGCCAUUUUUGAUUUGGGCCUAACCACAUGGCCAGCAAGAAGCCUGCCUAGGAGUAUGGUGGCCAUUUUGUCCUCCAUACCUUUGCUUGGCAGGGUGGCCAUUUUGAUUUUGGGCCUAAGCACAGGCCAGCAAGAAGCCUGACUAGGAGUAUGGCAGCCAUUUUGUCCUUCAUACAUUUUGAUUUUGGGCCUAACCACAUGGCCAGCAUGAAGCCUGCCUAGGAGUGUGGUGGCCAUUUUGUCCUUCAUACCUUUUGAUUUUGGGCCUAACCACAUGGCCAGCAUGAAGCCUGCCUAGGAGUGUGGUGGCCAUUUUGUCCUUCAUACCUUUUGAUUUUGGGCCUAACCACAUGGCCAGCAUGAAGCCUGCCUAGGAGUGUGGUGGCCAUUUUGUCCUUCAUACCUUUAACAGGGCGGCCCCUUUUGAUUUUGGGCCUAACCACAUGGCCAGCAAGAAGCCUGCCUAGGAAUACAGUGGCCAUUUUGCCCAUACCUUUGUUUGGCAAGGCAGCCAUUUUGAUUUUGGGCCUACCUCAUGGUCAGCAGAGACCCUGUUUGGUAGUAGGGUGGCCAUUUUGUUGUAUCUUUUUAAGUCUGAUUUUAUGGCAGCCAUUUUGUACCAUUGAAUUUAACCUUUUCCAUUGCAUUUGGCAGACAGUGCCAUUAGGGCAUAGGCCAUCAUUUAGGAAUUGACAGCUUUAUUUCCUUUACCUAGAGGGGGAACCUCUGAUCCAGCGAGAGGCCCCCUCAGGAACUGCAAUAGUUUCUGAACGACAGGAGGCUCCUGUGCUCCAGCAGCUGAGCAACGUUGCGAUGGGAGCAGCUUCCAAGGGAAGCCCUGUUGCACAGCAAGUAGCCACUACUGCCUCUCGAGCAAUGGCUGGGCAGCAGGGGGCACCACAGGUUCAGCAGGAGGCUGCAAUGGGGGCUGUACCGGUACCCCCGCCGUCUGCAUAGAUGGCCCAGCCCGGCACUCAGCAGAGUAUGGGUGCAGCCACACUUUCUCAGCCACAGUCCCUGGCAGGGUCAGCAAUAUUAAGUCUUCCAUUGCCCUCUCAGCAUUUGCCCCCCCAAGAGCUGUAGCAGGGGCUUGGCCUUGGGGAUGUGUGCAGGCCCCUGUGGCCCCUUCAGUGCUAUCGCAGUUGCCUCAGGCUCUGCUUAUUCUUAGGUGGCCCCUGCAGUGCCUCAGGUUCCUGUUUUCUCCCCUACAGUACUACCAGCACCGCACCAGCCUCCUUCCUAUUUUCAGGUAGCGCCAUUGGUGACCCAGGCUCCUGCCAUUUCCAGCACUAUGGCUUCUACAGUGCUCCAGACUUCUAUCUAUUCUCAGGUAGCACCAAGGGGGCCUCAGGCACCUGCCCUUCCUAGAGCAGUGGCCCCCGCAGGAGUUUCUCCAAUGCCUUAGGUUGCACCAGCGGUGCCCUACGUGCCUGCCUUCAUGAUUACAAUGCAGCAGCAUUAUCAGCUCCCCAGGCCCCUACGUAUUCUCAGAUGGCAUCAUCUAUGCCCCAGGCCCCUCCUUACGUAGGUGUUACGCCCUCGGUUUCUACAGCAAUAGGCAUGCAACCAAGCUUAGUGGUAGGACCUGAGUCACUUUCUGUCGGAAAUGCUUUGGCAGCUCCGACAUCAACAGUUUCAUUAGGUGGCACCACUGUACACACCAAGCCACCAGGAGUCCCUCAGCCACGACAAUUUGUUUAUGGGCAAAGCUUGGUGGGACAAUAGCCCACCUUGCAAGCCUACUCGGCCAUCCCACCAGAUGACCUGACUAUGGAGCUAGGAGAUCACCUUACUCAGGGAACCAUUGAUAAAAUCUUGAUGGGUGAGUGUGUCAAUAUAUUCUCAUUAUUUCAUAGGGAAAUAAAAUUAAAAAAAGGAUCGGGAACUACUGGAUGACAAAGAAAGGCUAACAGUGAAGAAAUGAAAAGUGGAUAGAACCUGGAAUAACUGGCUAGCAGGUUAUGUUAUCUACAUGGGAGUCAGUGUUAGGGUUCAGCCAUGCCGGGCUUACACCCUGACCAAAUACUUAGACAUUAUAUAGAAAGCUUACACAGGCUAUCAAGGCCCCGCAUGGCUCUCCUAUGAAGAGGCUUUCCGUAUGAAGGCAACCUCCUUUCCUACUUUGCCGUGGGAUAGGCCAUUUUCUGAGAUGUGGAUGAGGAUCAUGAACCCGGCACGGCCCAUGCUAAAGGACAUGUCACACAGUGGCCAUUUGUUGGCAAACACUAGUUUUUUUCCCUAACAAUGCUAGCUUCAAACAAGGGAAACAGAAUAAAUGCUGCUGGAAAUUUGAGAUUCAAGGUAGUUGCAAUACUAAGGUGUGCCGAUUUAAGCACGAGUGUUCAUUGUGCAAAAGACCACAUUCCUUUCGUAACUGUUCAAAAGAACGCAGCAAAGCACAAGUGUGGAUCAGUCAGGCAAGAAACCAAAGUGAUGCCCAUUGAUAUCAGGGGACACCCCAAUUGCCUGCUAAAGGGCCCCAGCCCAAUUAAAUUGGAAAACAUGAUGGGUUGGUUGAUGGAGUACCAGAUCGUAUUCCUGCCAGUUAUUUGCUAUGGGGAUUUUUUCUGAAGGUUUUUCAAAUUCCAUUUCAUGGGGAUAGGUGGCCUUUCAGUUCAGGUAACCUCCCGUCCAUUGUUGGAAUGGGAGAUGCAGUUCACCACAAAAUCAAAAAGAGGUUUGGGAAGGAUAAGUAGUGAGUCCCUUUGUGAACCCCCCCCCCCCUUCUGAAUUUGCGGGUCUCGCCAUUGGGAAUUGUCCCAAAGAAGGCCCCUGGAGAGUUUCGCCUCAUACAUCACCUCUCAUUUCCCAAAGGUGAGUUUGUGAAUGAUGCCAUCCUGGCUGAAUUGUGCUCAGUGCGGUACACACCAUUCGAUGAUGCUGCCUUGAGAGUUAAAAGACAGGAACCCGAAGCAGAACUAGCAAAUGUGACAUUAAGUUAGCUCUCUGUCUGCUCCCAGUGCACCCUCAGGAUUUUGAGUUAUUGGUUUCUGUUUUGAACAGGCAUGCUAUAGGGACAGAGCCCUGCCCAUGGGUUGUUCUGUGUCCUGUAAUGCCUUUGAGCAGUUCAGUUCAUUCUUGGAGUGGGCUAUUAGAAAUCUGGCCAGCCAAGGGUGGCACACUGAAAGAGGGGAACAGAGGAGCCUCCUCCCACUUGUUGCUCCGCCCCCUCACAUGGAUGGGCCAGCAAUCCAGCCGGCCUUAGCAAGUCUGACUCAUUCAUGGGGUCUUUCAAACUGCCCUCCCGCGCCUUAAGCUUGCUUGGCCGCUGGUGGGGCUUCUCUGCACAUAUUUUAUUCUAACAAAAUUAUCUGAGAAAAGGAUAGCAGACUGAACCAAAGACACACAUUGAGUUUUAUUGAGGUGAAUCAUGGAUUUAACAAAUAUAAUACCUUCUUUGCUGAAUAUAAAGGUUCUGCAUAUUUCACAGAUGAAAAUUGAGACAUAUGAUCAAGCAAUAUCAAAGUGUGGUUAAGAUGGUAAAAGUUAUUGGAGAGAAAGACUAGACAAGCUAGGAGAGGCUGCAGCAGUUUUCUUUUCCCUGAGCAUACUGGGAAUGGCAACAUUCUGCCCUUCCUCUCCUUAAUUGAACCUACAAUUCCCUACAAGUCCCAGCUAGAGCAGACAUACUGAAUCAAUGGAAUUUACAUAAAUGUGGAUUCACCAUUCAAUAGGAUAAAUUUAGUUGAGGCUACCAAUAGGAUUGAUCGAGGACAUUUGUUUCCCUGAAGGAAAGAACUAGAAGGCAGCUUCCAUGACAUAUAUAGACGUUGACGGGACUUAUAGUUGAAGCACUGGGAAUGGAAUAGGGUUCUUUCCUAGUCAAUUUAGAGCGUGCAAGACAAAUUGGCUGAGCCACUACAUCAGUGGUUCUCAACCUGUGGGUCCCCAUGUGUUUUGGCCUACAAUGCCCAAAAAUCCCAACCAGUUUACCAGCUGUUAGGAUUUCUGGGUGUUGAAUGCCAAAACAUCUUGGGACCCAUAUAUUGAGAACCACUGCACUACAUGGUUGCACAAAGUAUAAGAAUUCUGCAUAUGAAACGUCAUAUGACUCCCCUAUCACCAACCUCAGGACUCAUUUCUCCAUUUUGAUAACCAUUUCAACACCAUGAACUUGCUGAAGUUGGUGGAGAACAGGGGGAAUCAGAGAAGCAUUGCCAGAUAUAGAACAAAGACAUGUUCACUGAGAUCUGCUAGUGUUUCAUUAGACAAGUUGGGGCAGCUGCAGCAAUUUGUUUUUUCUUGAGCUCAUUGGGAAGGACAAGACUCUACCCCCUCCUCUCCUGUUCUGCUGUGUGAAUUGAUAGAAUCAUAGAAUCAUAGAAUAGUAGAGUUGGAAGAGACCACAUGGGCCAUCUAGUCCAACCCCCUGCUAAGAAGCAGGAAAUCGCAUUCAAAGCACCCCCGACAGAUGGCCAUCCAGCCUCUGCUUAAAAGCCUCCAAGGAAGGAGCCUCCACCACAGCCCCGGGGAGAGAGUUCCACUGUCGAACAGCUCUCACAGUGAGGAAGUUCUUCCUGAUGUUCAGGUGGAAUCUCCUUUCCUGUAGUUUGAAGCCAUUGUUCCGUGUCCUAGUCUGCAGGGCAGCAGAAAACAAGCUUGCUCCCUCUUCCCUAUGACUUCCCUUCACAUAUUUGUACAUGGCUAUCAUGUCUCCUCUCAGCCUUCUCUUCUGCAGGCUAAACAUGCCCAGCUCUUUAAGCCGCUCCUCAUAGGGCUUGUUCUCCAGACCCUUAAUCAUUUUAGUCGCCCUCCUCUGGACGCUUUCCAGCUUAUCAACAUCUCCCUUCAACUGUGGUGCCCAAAAUUGGACACAGUAUUCCAGGUGUGGUCUGACCAAGGCAGAAUAGAGGGGGAGCAUAACUUCCCUGGAUCUAGACGCUAUUCCCCUAUUGAUGCAGGCCAGAAUCCCAUUGGCUUUUUUAGCAGCCGCAUCACAUUGUUGGCUCAUGUUUAACUUGUUGUCCACGAGGACUCCAAGGUCUUUUUCGCACACACUGCUGUCAAGCCACAAACUACUUUCAGCACAUUGAAUUACUUUUUCAGCAAUUGAGGUGAGCUGAUGACACAGGAAAAAUGUAGGAAGAGAAAAACAUGAAUAUAUAGGUUGGGGAGGGCUGUGUAGAUUUAACUGUAGCUUAACUGUAUUUUAUUGUUUUUAUGUUUGAUGGCACAGAAGAUUUACUUGUUUUUAAUAUAUGUAUAUAUUUUUAACCAUUUUCCCUCUUAUUAAUUGGCAUCAUGUAAAGUUGAUGUUAGCAGCCUUGACUCUGUAUAUAGGAUGCCAUAAAAUGUUUUUUACGUAGGAUGCCAGUGCUGACCUGCCAACAUCUCAAGUCCUCCCUGUUGGGGCAGCUGAUGCUCUGGGCGAUGGAGACCAGCAAACACCGCUAGAGACCCGGAGGCAUAUGGAGGCCUCCAACAGCCCUCUGAGCUUGGAAGUGGUUGCCCAAGAGGAUCAAAAAGAUCACAAAGGUGACAAGAGUGACCACAAUAAGGAGCAGGAAGAGAGAAACACCAGAGAGACACUCUGUGCUGAUAGAAACAUUGAAAAGAUGCGCUUGGAUUUCGAGCUGGCCAUGGUGAAGCGCCAACAUGAGGAGAAUGACAAACAGCGGCAACAUGAGGAAAGGAUGGAGCACAUCCACCAGCAGUUGCUAUCCAGGACCGGAGCUCGAGGGGAAGAGGAGACACAUGGUGCCAGGCUGGACCCUAUCACCGAAAUUGAGUUGGAAAAAAUGCACAUGGAGUUUGAGCUGGCCAUGCUGAGGCACAUCUCUGAGGAGAAUGAGAAACAAAGGGAUCAUGAGCGGAAGAUGUACGAAGACAAGGAGAAGCAACGGCAGCAUGAAGAAAAUAUGGAACCUAUGCGCCAACAUCAAAGGAACAUCAGAAUGGUAAGUCAGAAAGUUUCCACCAACAGUAUGGCAGAAACACUGACUGACGCACUGUCUGGGGCCUCUGCAGAAAUGGGGAAGGUGAGGAUUGAGCUCCAGCUUGCUAUAGAAAUGCACCUGCCAGAAAUGAAGGACAAAAAAAGGCUACUCUGUGAGCAGAAUAGCCUUCAGGAAAGCCCAAAGCCUGAGGAGCAAGUAGAAAGUAAACCUGAGGCAGGCAAAGCUCAAGCACCUCCUGAACAGCAGAACAAUGGCAUGACUGAGCACCUGGGUCUUUAUGUGCCUCACACUGUGGUCAAUGGGGCAGAGUCAAAGUGGUCAAGCAGCAGGCUGGACCUAGCUAUUGAGACUGAGUUGGAGAAGAGGCGGAUGGAGUUUGAGUUGACAAGGCUGAAAUAUGAGCAUGAGGAGAAUGAACGGCAGCGUCAGCAUGAGGAGAAGAUGGAGCAGCUGCGCCAGCAAGGAGUGCUGCCCCGAAAGUUUCUGAAGGAAGAACCCGUGUCAUGAUCAUUGGCUGCCAUUCUUUCAUAUGCUGUAUCGUCAUCACAGACAGAUGCUCAGAAAAAUAAUUUUAAUUAUAACUAUAAACUUCGUCAUAUUGACAAUAUUAUA